AUGGCGAGCACCACCACAACCCCCCCAGAACCCAUCACCAUGUCAAAAGAGGUGGGCGUCGAGACCAGUGGCGUCCAUGUCGAAAAGGUCUCGGAGCACGAACAACUCGUCGCGAGACUAAAUAACCUCGACCCUCCGAUAACGCCAGACGAAGUCAAACGGGUGAGGAGGAAGAUUGAUCUACGCCUCCCGCCGUUCCUGAUGGUCCUGUAUAUCUUCACCUGGCUGGAUCGUGGAGCAUUGGGUAAUGCUGCCCUGAUGGACAUCAAGACAGACCUCAACCUCUCAGGAGCUCAGUUUAGUCUCGCGGUCAGCAUGUUCUUCGUCGGUACCUGCGUCGCCGAUCUGUUCACCAACGUUGGAAUGCGAUAUAUUCGUCCAAGUCUCUAUCUCUCCGGGGCAAUGAUCAUCUGGGGUAUCAUGGCGACACUCCAGGCAGUUGCCGGUGGAGCUGCCGGGUUAUAUGCCAUCAGGUUCUUUCUGGGUAUCUUUGAGGCUGCGUUCAUCUCAGGGGCGCCAUACUUGACCACUGAAUGGGGUAAGCGUAUCUGCGUGUACCUCUCAGCAACGCCCAUCGCCGGAGCAUUUGGUGGCUGGAUCGCCUGGGGCGUGGCGCACAUCUCCAACCCGCACAUUGAAAACUGGCAGGUCCUGUUCAUCCUCGAGGGCCUGCUGACCAUCGCCUUUGGCAUCCUCUGCAUCUGGGUGCUGCCGGACCGCCCACACAACACGCGGUGGCUCAGCCCGCGCGAACGCGACGUGGCCGACUGGCGGAUGAUGAACGACGGCAACCGCACGCACGGCAAGGUGCACUGGGCCGUGGUGGCGCGGCAGUUGCAGGACUGGCGCAUGUGGGCCAACAUCGCCAUCUACAUGUGCCAGGUGAUUUCGACGUACACGAUCGCGACGUUUACGCCCAUCAUCGUCAACACGAUGGGCUUCGACAAGGUCAAGGCGCAGCUGAUGGUCGCGCCGCCCUACUGCGUCGCCUUCGUCAUGGUCUUCGUCGUCGGGUACCUGUCGGACCGGCUCAAGUCGUGCUCGGGCCUGCUGGUGGUCAACUCGGUCGUCGCCGCCGUGGGGGACCUGAUGCUCGUGCUGCUGCCCUCGCGGUACAACCACGCCCGCUACGGCGCCACCUUCCUCACCCUCACGGGCAUCCUCUCCGGCGUGACCCUCUCGGUCGGCAACAUCACGGGCAACUGCUGCGGCGACAUCAAAAAGGCCAUCGCCUCGGGCCUGUUCCAGGCCUUUGGCUCCACCAUGGGCGUCGCCACGGGCUACCUCUUCCCCCAGAAGGACGGGCCCGAGUACAAGACGGGCUUCUGGGUCCUGUUCGCCUGCACCUGUUUCACCGGCACGGGCGCCGCCAUCGUCACCGUCCUCAACGUCCGCGAGAAUCGCAGGCGCGACGCCCUCUACGGCCCACCGCCCACGGACCGCGUCAUCGAUUUUGAUGAGGACGGCUUGAUGGAGAAACACCCUCAUUGGAGGUAUUACAGGUGA